AUGAAUAGAAUUCCACCACGAAUAAGAACUUUUAGCAAAAGGAAGAGAAGUUCGGAGUGGUGGGAUGUUGAAGUUCUGCAGUUCUAUGACGAUGAACAAUGGAUUGCUGAUUUUCGAAUGAAUCGACAAAUAUUUUUCAGGCUUGUAGAUUUGCUUAAGGAUAAAAUGGCACCAGCAGAAAAUACUUUCGUUGAAGGGUUGUCUGUUGAAAAGAAAAUAGCUAUUGCAGUUUACAAACUUGCCUCUUGUGCUGAAUACCGUGUAAUUGCAAAGGGAUUUGGAGUAUCAAAAAGUACUGUUUGCUUAUGUGUUCACAGUUUCUGUAAAGUUUUAAUUGAAAAUCAAGUCGGCAAAAUAUUAUCCUGGCCAAAUGCAUUAGAAUGUGAACGCAUAGCCUCGAGAUUUGAACAAAAAUUUAAACUGUCAAAUAUUAUUGGUGUUAUAGACGGCACUCAUGUGCCAAUUAAACCCCCACAAGACGGUGCUGCAGACUUUCGUAACAGAAAGGGUUAUAGUUCCAUUGCAGUGCAAGCUAUUGUGGAUGAUCAAUAUUUAUUUAAAAAUAUCACAGCACAAAAUCCUGGCUGUGCACACGAUGCAUCAGUGCUUAGGGGCAGUUCUCUAUACAAAAACCAUAAUACAUUAAUUCCUGAAAGCCAUAGGGAAAUCGCCGGAAUUUACAACGCCUCAAAUGAAGCUAUGCUUUUUAAACUUCCUUAUUAUAUUAUUGGUGAUGCAGCUUAUCCGUUUU